CGAGUUUAGCACUUUGCAACAUGAUCCCUGUACACCACGGAGAGGCCGGGCUCUGCGGUCCCGCAUCCUGCCAUGCAACCGCACCACAUGGAGACUGGAUAGCGCUUCAGUAACAGGGAAUGGUAAAAGGAAGAAGGUGGACCAUCUUCUCAUGCCGGCUAUAUGAACCCACACAGCAUCAGCAGCGCCUGACAAAGCAAAGGCAAACGCACAGAGAUGAGGCUGACGGGAAGUAAUGCUGGUCUGCGUCAAAUCUCUCCCUACUUCAGAUGAUGAUGAUUCCUUCUGUGCCUGUUAAAGGACUCUGAUGGUUUCUGUUUGUGGGUUUUUUUUUUUUUUGUGAGCACCCACGCUGCAGGGGGUCCGUGUUGUUGUGACCUAGCAGGGACAGUGAUGGUCACCCCAUCUCCAGCCACACUCUCAGCAUCCGCAUUAUAAGGAAAGGAGUGGGACUGUGGUGGAACAUGCAGAGAUAAAAACAAGUUUCUGCAUCCAAGCAACGCAGAGCCUUAGUUGGAUUGUUGCCGGUUGUUGUUGCUUGUCUACCAACAUGAACUCGCUUUAUUUCUCCGAUACACCGCCCGGUCCGGUCUGCAGCGUCCCCACCGGGUCGGGCGCGGUGACCAGCGCUUUGCGUAAUGACUUGGGCUCCAACAUCCAUGUGCUGAAAACCCUCAACCUGCGAUUCCGCUGCUUUCUCGCCAAAGUCCAUGAACUGGAGAGGAGAAACAAACUGCUGGAGAGUCAACUGCAGCAAGCUUUGCAGAGACCGCAGUACCGUGGACUUUACGCACGGGAAGUCGCAGUCCAGACGGACGGACCCGAGUCUCGGCUCCCGGGGACCAUUUGGAGCUUCACGCACGUCCGGAGGCAAGGGGAGCGCUUUGAGACCCUGCACGGGCCCGGGGUGACGUGGACGCAUCCGGAUGGUGUGGGGGUCCAGAUAGACACCAUAACCCCAGAAGUGAGGGCUCUGUAUAACGUGUUGGCCAAAGUCAAGAGGGAGAGAGACGAAUACAAGAAAAGAUGGGAAGAGGAGUUGUCCAAACGUGAGCAGUUGGAGUCUACGGUGGAAUCCCUGCAGCAGAGCGCCCAAGAGUCUUCCGAGGUCCAGGAUGAGCUGAAUGAGAAGGUGGAGAGACUCAAGGCUGAGCUCGUGGUCUUCAAGAGCCUGAUGAGUGAUAGACGGCAGCAAAUGUCAGAGCUGGACUCCAAGAUCCAGGAGAAAGCCAGGAGAGUGGACAUGGACAUUUGUCGGCGGAUUGAUAUCACGGCCAAACUGUGUGAUGUGGCUCAGCAACGCAACUCCGAGGACAUGUCAAAGAUGUUCAACGUCAGCCCGGCGAGGUCGCUCCCAGAGAGGGGUGCCGUGGCCUGCUGCAGGAAAAAAGAGCGUAAAGCUGUGUCAGAUGAGGAGAGUUCAGAGAUGGAUGCAGACCCCAGCCUUUCGGAGGAGGAGGUCCCCGGGUCCCUCAACAUCACAGAUGAAAUGAAACGCAUGCUCAACCAGCUACAUUGUUCAGAUAACUCCUUUGUUGCCAGGCGCGAGACGUUUGAAAUCGACGACGACUGCGACAGUCUGACGUGGGAGGAGAACGAGGAGACCCUGCUGCUGUGGGAGGACUUCGCAAACUACAACAUGCCGUGCACCAUCGCCGCAACAACCUGCACAACCACCUGCCCCUGUGACAGCACCACGGAGGUCGCUGAUCCAGACUCCCAGGAUGGAAGUCUUGGCAGCCUCAUUGAUGAGACAGAGUCACUAUUUAAGACGAGAGAGCAGGAGUACCAGCAGACCAUCGGACAGAUAGAGAUGGAAUUAGCCACGGCAAAGAGCGACAUGAACCGCCAUUUGCACGAGUACAUGGAGAUGUGCAGCAUGAAGCGAGGCCUGGACGUGCAGAUGGAGACCUGUCGACGGAUGAUUAAAGGAGGCAGGAACUCUCCCUCUUUCAGCUCAGUGGCCAGCAGUGACUCAGGGAACACAGAUGAGAUCCAGGACGAGAUUUCAGAGAAGGACGCAGAGGCUGAAGUCCCUGUUAGUUGAUGGCUGCAUAGCUGGGCCCUGACCCAUCUCCUCCAGACCACCCCUGGUUACCACUGUGGUUACAGAGCGUGUGCAGCGGUGGUGGUCCGACCUUAAUCUGGGCCUGUUUGACCUCAAAUUCUGACGGUCACGUUCAAAGAUGCCGCCCCAGAACUGGUGCUUUUCUACAGUUUAUGUUGUUUCAGAUGUGGUGGGGGUAUUGUCUGUGUGCUUCACAAAGACAAAGUGGUGCAUAUAGAGUCUGAGCUGUGCUCUCUUCCUCACUGGAUCUUUAAACUCAAGCUUCACAUCAAUUUGGGGGGAGAUUAAAAAAAAAAACAUUUUAGACUGGCUGAGAAGUGUUUUCUACAAAUUGUUACCCUAUUUACAUCCUUUUUUCAAAAGGAAUUGAAUACAGUACAUAUUGUGCUCCUUGUUCGAUGAACAACGCAUACAUCAUUCAUUUAAACCAACCUCCGUGUACACUUUUUAAUGUUCAUUUUAGAUCAAAAACAUCUGCACCCCUCAAUUGGACUAGUGUUUUGUUUUUGACAUGAUUUAUAAGGGUCCAGAUGGGGGAUUUGCAAUCCAAACUAAACUGGUUUGAGCUUAAUUGUCUUCUGCCCAGGAGACGACACACAGAAAGUGGAGACAAAUGGAGUUGGGGUUUCUGAGGGAACUCUGUAAGGUUGCCAGAGUUGACAGAGGAAAGGAGCACAGCCUUUUGAUGCAUUAAUGCACUACUGAAGUUCUAUGCAAUUUAGCUGGCCUUAAUUUUGGACUGGCUUUCACCCUUCCUCAUUUCUCCUGAAACCAAUACAAUUAGCCUUUGAGCAAAGCAGGUGUUUUCUAUGUAUCAUUUUGAGGACUCCUUUUUGUGCAUUUGAGUGUGGAAUAAUCUCAGUAUGGAGUGUUUUAUUUUUCCUUUUGUGCAUGUUAACAGUAAAAACUGGAAGAGCGCCCCCUCUACAGAAGAUGUAAUGUCUUUAGUGACAUUUACAUUGCCUUAUUCCAGUAGCUACUUAUUGCUGAAACAGGCAGUGCAUUUUUCUUGUCUUGUUCUUUUAGUUAUAAAAGAACAAAUCAAAUAAAUUGACAAUGCUUAUCAGAAGAGCCAAACAGACAGAACCAAAGGACACACUAAGAUACUUCCAUUCACACCCAACACAUGCAUAACAAUCCUACUUUAUUAUUUUAUACUGGAGAAUGUUUGCAUCUGUUUAUGUGUGUGUGUUCACAUGGGUUUUUAGACUUUUUCAUUGCAGUCCUGUGGAGGAUUCUGUUCCAGACAGGCUGCACAUCCUGCUGCUUCGUCUUUUAAAACAGGGGCUAGACAUGUCAUAGACUGUACAUAGAGGGCUGUGGGCAUGUGAUCGUACACCCUAGAGGCCUUUGUGUUCAUUUGUCUUUUUGCAGCAGAUAAAGAUGUCUGAUCAAUGGCUUUUCAGUGCUUUCACUGGAUUAGUGCAGAAACUGACGCAUGGGGACAGAAGUGAUAUUUUUGUCACCUCUUUGUAACAUAAUGUAUGUAUGUAUGGUUUGCUGGAUCAACGUUUAAGUGCUACUUCUAUCUUGAAGUUUUAAAGAAGCAGAAUGUUAAAACACAGGCCUUUUGUUAUUUCAGCAUGUUUGUGUGGAGAAAAGGAGCUUUUUUUAUAACCUAUUUUGAACUAAAUAGCUGCAAUGCAGACUGCUCUACAUUUUUAAUCAUUUCUCUCUUAAUCAUCAAUUGAUUGUAUUUGUGACAAAAAAAAGUAUUUUUCACUGAUUUUUAAUCAUUCUGUGUUAACCAAAGCAUAUUUCUUUCACCUCAUUUAGCUUUUAUUAACUUAGCAUAGCUAUUAAACUUGUUCCAGACAAUUUGGUCAUUUAUUGACCAUAUCAAUCACCCCGAAUAACAAAAACUAAUCAGUUAAUAUGAAACAAGACUGAGGAAUAUUCUCAGUCACUUGGAGCCUUCAUGUCUUUGUGUUGAUGUAAAACCAGCCUGAUAA